AUGCAGUGGUUAGCCCUUCUAGCGGUCAUCCCUGCACUCUGGUCCGCGGUGACCACCGCUCUGCCGAAUUCGCUCGACGAUCAAGAGAGCCAGAGCGAGACACGGAGCGUCAAGUGGAUCGACAAAACUCUCAAGGACCCACUCUGGCUGAAAUAUGGACUCAAUGCAUCGGCUGAGUAUAAAUACUUCCAUGAGCCCGGCCGUGAUGAUAUCUUGGGUCACUAUGAUGUGCGCUUCUUCACCACUCCCGUGAGCGACUCGGAACGCGCCGACACACUCACCCACAUGAUCCGCGCCUAUUUGAACUUCUUCGACGAGAACGACCUUGAGACAUGGAUUGCGCACGGGACACUGUUGGGGUGGUGGUGGAAUGGAAAGAUUCUCCCGUGGGAUUGGGAUAUGGAUACUCAGGUCCCAGAUUCGACUCUCGCCUACCUCGGAGACCACUUCAACCAGACCAUUGUCGAGUACAUGUCGCCUGACAGCAAAGUCAAGCGCGAGUAUCUAUUGGAUAUCAACCCAUGGUCACGCCAGCGAGAGCGCGGCCAGGGCCACAACAUCAUCGAUGCGCGUUUCAUCGAUACUACCACUGGCCUCUACAUUGACAUCACCGGCCUCAGCCAGCUUGAGCGCGAUACCCACCCGGAUAUAUGGCAAUGCAAGAACUUCCAUAAGUAUCGGCUCAAGGAUAUCUACCCAUUGCGCCGAACCACCUUCGAGGGUGCACCAGCCAAGGUGCCCUUCCAGUAUGAUUUAAUACUCAUUGAAGAGUACACCGAAAAGGCCUUGACCGCCAUGAACUUCCACAACCAUACCUGGUUUCCCGGGCUUGCAGAAUGGGUCUCGGACAAGACCAUCGCCGCCUUGACUCUCAAAAAGCCGGAUGAGAGGCAAUACGAAUGA